AUGGAUGCUUUUACAAAUGACUCUACUAUAACUUUCUUAAAACAAUAUCGAGAUAAUAAUAUACGAAUUUUCAAUAAUAAAUAUCAACCACGUAUAGGUAAAACUAUUAAGAUUCUUUAUGAUCUAGAUAAAGGUUCAGAGGCUAUAAAAAGAGAGGAUUUCACUAAUAUUAAUGCUACCUGGAGUUCUCUCGACUGUGUAAUUUACACUAGUACUGUAGAAGCUAAUAUCUCCUUUGAAAUUCCUAAUCAUUUUAAUGCUAUUAUAGAGAUUAAUAAAAUUGCUGAUUGUUAUGCUCUUGAUACAUCUUCAGUUGAAACAUAUAAUGAGGCUGAAUAUCAGAGUCGCUUAUCAGUUAAGUAUUUUCCCAAAAUUCUCAGUAGUCUUGUUUCUAAUACAGGAGCUUCACUUGAGGUUAUUUCUGCAGAAGGUACCAUAGCUAAUAAAAAAAUAGUUUCUAAUAUUAUUAAGGCAGUUGAAAAAAAUAUCAAAGGCUCUGAUGCAGAAUUAAUAGCCAAUGCACCUGAUAUCACUUCGGAUGAUGCUGAAAUUCUUAAACAAAUUUCCACACGCUCAUUCAAUAAUAAUAUGAUAUUGCAAUGA